AACACACGAGUAGUCACUUCAUCACUUCCACGACAGUCCGGUAAAACUGCUGUGACGAGGACGUUUUCGGAAACGGAAAUCGAGCAAAUCAUCAGUGGCGGAGCUACACUUUACAAGCAAUACGGUCAUAUAUUUGAUGCUAUCAUUAUCAAUAACGAUCUCGAAGAGAGCACUGCACAACUAAUACGCCUCAUACAUGAUCUGGAAACAAAGCCGACAUGGGUACCGCUUAGCUGGGCGACAAAUCUCGGCUCGGAUUAA